AUGACCCUCGCUCCUGCCGCUGCCGGAGUCCGCUCGGCCUCGGGCUGGCGGCGGCCCCGGGCUGGGGAGGUUCGGGCCCCGGCGCUGCCGCCCUCGCGUGGAAGAGGAACAAGAGCGAAAAGCGCGAGAGGAGCGCGUCAGCCCCGCGGUUGUCCUCUCCGAGCCGGGCCGUGUUCGGACUCGGAGCCGGACCCAGACCCGGACCCGGACUCGGACCCGGACCCGGACCCGGACCCGGACCCGGACCCGGACCAGGACCCGGACCCGGACCCGGACCCGGACCCGGACCAGGACUCAGACUCGGACCCGGACCCGGACCCGGACCCGGACCCGGACCAGGACCCGGACCCGGACCCGGACUCGGACCCGGACCCGGACCCGGACCCGGACCCGGACCAGGACCAGGACCCGGACCCGGACCCGGACCCGGACCCGGACCCGGACCCGGACCCGGACUCGGACUCGGACCCGGACCCGGACCCGGACCCGGACCCGGACCCGGACUCGGACCCGGACCCGGACCCGGACCCGGACGCGCUUCUGCGUCCCGGUCCCGGAGCCGCGUCUGUCCGGCGCGCAGAGCCCCGACGCGCACGGGGGUCCCGCGGGCCUUGGAGAGCUUCGCCCGGCCUCGGCCUCGGCCUCCUGCACGCAGAAGCCGCCCCCCUCCCCCGCCGCCCGCUUCGGCCCGGCCUGGCCCCGCCGUCCUCCCCGCGGGCCUUGGCCUCCCGGGGCCGUGGCGGCAGGAGGGACCUGCGGGCACCGUCCGCGCUUUCCCCGCCAGAGACGCGGCCCCGGGUCCCCUCGUGUCUUCCGGAGGGACGGACGGCGCCAGCGGCUCUCGGUGACCGCGGACCGGAGGCGGGUCGGGGACGGCGCCCGGGGGCUGAGCCAGUGCGCGCGCCGGACCACCGUCCGCUGGGCCGGCUCCGGCUCCGGUGA